UGCGUGGUUACCGGGAGCCGUAAACAAGGUGUGCAAGCAUCCAGAGAGCUGUCGGGAUGCAGCAGAGCGGAGCUGCUGGAGGCCGUGGUUGCGCUCUGUUCCCACUGCUGGGCGUCUUGUUCUUCCAGGGUGUUCAAGUCGUCCUUUCCUUGGAGAUUAAAGCAGAUGCCCACGUCCGGGGUUAUGUAGGAGAGAAGAUCAAGUUGAAAUGCACCUUCAAGUCGACUUCAUCUGUCACUGACAAACUCACCAUAGACUGGACGUACCGACCCCCCAGCAGCAGUCGUACAGAAUCAAUUUUUCAUUAUCAGUCCUUCCAGUACCCAACCACAGCAGGUACAUUUCGGGAUCGAAUUUCCUGGGUUGGAGAUGUAUACAAAGGGGAUGCGUCUAUAAGCAUAAGCAGCCCUACCCUAAAGGACAAUGGGACAUUCAGCUGUGCUGUGAAGAAUCCCCCAGAUGUGCACCAUAAUAUUCCUGUGACGGAGCUAACAGUCACAGAAAGGGGUUUUGGCACCAUGCUCUCCUCGGUGGCGCUCCUCUCCGUCCUUGUCUUCCUGCCCUCAGCCGUGGUGGUGGUUCUGCUGCUGGUGAGGAUGGUGAGGAAGUCUGAGGGGCUGCAGAAGAUGAGCAAGUCUGGCUAUAAGAAGUCGUCUAUUGAGGUUUCAGAUGAGACGGGCCAAGAGGAGGGGGAUGACUGCAUGGCGAGGCUUUGUGUUCGUUGUGCGGAGUGCCUGGACUCAGACUAUGAAGAGGCAUAUUGAUGAAAGUCUUCAUGAUAUAAGAAGAGCCACCUGCUAGCAGAACAUGUCCCGUUCCCCUGGCAGCUAAAGCCUCUCAGAAGCAGAGCUGGCUUGGAUGGCAGUGCUGGAGGAUUCUGGAAGUCAUCAGGAGAGACUUCAGGAACCAUUUAUUUAUUGAAGAAAUGUUCUUUUUAUAUUUAUAAACUAAGAGCUCUCAGAAGAAACUCAUAACUACCCCUUUUAAUAACUUAUGCUCUACUUGAAUGAAGGAGUUCUCUUCCUGA